AUGGCACCUAAACCUCUUCCCACCCCUCUCCCAACACCUCUAAUCCCCACCUCCCUCGACCACCACUCCACCACCCCUUCCCAAUGGUUCACCCUUCACCCUCGCAUCGCCCGUCUCUGUGUCGGUGCUCUCAUUUUCCGAUAUAAUAUCACCACCGAUCCGGUCACGUCUGCCAAAACCACCACUCCGCAAAUCCUCCUCAUCAAACGCGCCGCCUCAGAUUUCCUCCCCAACCUCUGGGAAAUUCCAGGUGGCAGCGUCGAGAGCAAUGAUGAGACCUUGUUACAUGCUGUGGUGAGAGAGGUGUGGGAAGAGACGGGGCUGCUUGUUAGGGAGAUUAAUGCGCAGGUUUGGGAUUUGAGAGUUGGUGAGAAGAGGGUGGUGAAAAUGGGUAAGGGUGACAGCGAUGAGCUUCAUGGGAAGAUGGAAGAGAAAGAGUUGGUGGCUGUGGUCGGAGAGAAGCCUGGAGAGGGAGAGGUUGAGUUCUUAGGUGGAAAGGGCGAGGUUUGGUGUAAGUUGAAUUUUGUGGUUGAUGCUGGGAAUGUGGGGGAAGGAGAAGUGGUGCUUGAUGAAGAGGAACAUCAGGACUGGGGGUGGUUUGGGAGGUAUGAUAUCCUUGAAGAUGGUGAGAAGGGAAAAGGUUUGAGAAGAGAGUUUAUUAGUGAGCAGGCUGUUCAGAUUGUUGAAAGGGGCUUUGAGGCUUUUGAGAAGCUUGAGACGAGAGGGAAGUGA